AUGUUCGAAGAUACAGUCUCCAUUGUUCCCUCUUCAUUCUUGGCAGCCAUGAACAACUGGUUCACUCCCACUGUCUUCUUCGUUCUUCUCAAUGUUGUGAUUGCCACCAUAGCCUUGACCUCCACGCUAGCCAACCAAAAGAAACAGACCACCCAACAGACUCCCAAGGUCGCCGGAUCUCCCUCUGUUCUUCAGCGUCUCAGAUCCAUCAAUCUCUCUAGUUUCAGAUCUCAGGAACCCAUUUUUAAAUUUAACCCGGAUUCCGAUACCCUUUUCAAUCUUGAGCCCACCCACCACCCCCAAAUCCUUGAACCCCAAAUGCCUUACGCCUUUUACCAGCUCCCCCAAGAAAGCCCCAGCCUUGAAACCCAGACGACCCACUACAUUUUCCGGCAAGAAAAUGAGACACAUUACGUUUCCCAUCAAGAAACUGUUGAACGGAAUGAGACCCACGAUGUGAAAACUGAAGAAAUCGAAGCCCAUGAAGAGGAGGCAGAAGAAGAAGCGAAACCGGAGAGGUUGGAUGGAGACUACAAUGAGCCGCCGGAGACAAAAACGACGCCGUCUGCCGUCGAGAUUUCCGAGAGGCUGGCGGCGAAGAUGAGGAAGUCGGCGAGCAUGAAGUCGCAGCCUGAGAAGAAGGAGGACGUGGAGGCGCGGCGGCCGGCGACGAUGAAGGAGAGAGUGGCGGCGGAGGUGGACGAGGAAGUGGACGCAAAAGCCGACGAUUUCAUCAACAAGUUCCGGCAGCAGCUGAAGCUGCAGAGGGUGGAUUCCACACUUAGGUACAAGGAAGCGAUCCGCAAAGGGGCCGGAAGCUAA